CCAGCCGAGUCGCCGCCGCCGGCCCGCGCCCGCCAUGGCCCGCCUGACCGAGAGCGAGGCGCGCCGGCAGCAGCAGCAGCUCCUGCAGCCGCGGCCCUCGCCCGUGGGCGGCAGCGGGCCCGAGCCCCCCGGGGCGCAGCCCGACGGCAUGAAGGACCUGGACGCCAUCAAGCUCUUCGUGGGCCAGAUCCCGCGCAACCUGGACGAGAAGGACCUCAAGCCGCUCUUCGAGCAGUUCGGCCGCAUCUACGAGCUGACGGUGCUCAAGGACCCCUACACGGGCAUGCACAAAGGCUGUGCCUUCCUCACCUACUGUGCCAGGGACUCCGCGAUCAAAGCUCAGACUGCCCUGCACGAACAGAAGACCUUGCCCGGGAUGGCGCGGCCAAUCCAGGUGAAGCCAGCAGACAGCGAGAGCCGCGGAGGUAGGGACCGGAAGCUGUUUGUGGGGAUGCUGAACAAGCAGCAGUCGGAGGAGGACGUGCUGCGGCUCUUCCAGCCCUUCGGGGUCAUCGAUGAGUGCACCGUGCUCCGGGGGCCUGACGGCAGCAGCAAAGGCUGUGCCUUCGUGAAGUUCUCGUCUCACACAGAGGCCCAAGCGGCCAUCCACGCCCUCCAUGGCAGCCAGACCAUGCCGGGAGCCUCCUCCAGCCUGGUGGUCAAGUUCGCAGACACAGACAAGGAGCGGACGUUGCGGCGCAUGCAGCAGAUGGUGGGCCAGCUGGGCAUCCUGACGCCCUCCCUCACCCUGCCCUUCAGCCCCUACAGUGCCUACGCCCAGGCUCUCAUGCAGCAGCAGACGACCGUCCUGUCCACCUCGGGCAGCUACCUGAGCCCUGGAGUGGCCUUCUCACCCUGCCACAUCCAGCAGAUUGGUGCCGUCAGCCUUAAUGGGCUGCCCACCACGCCCAUCGCUCCUGCCUCUGGGCUGCACUCGCCCCCGCUGCUCGGCACCGCUGCGGUGCCUGGCCUCGUGGCUCCUAUCACCAAUGGCUUCGCAGGUGUUGUGCCCUUCCCUGGUGGACACCCUGCCCUGGAGACUGUAUAUGCCAAUGGCCUCGUGCCCUACCCAGCUCAGAGCCCCACGAUGGCCGAAACGCUCCACCCCGCCUUCUCCGGAGUCCAGCAGUACACAGCCAUGUACCCCACCGCGGCCAUCACGCCCAUCGCGCACAGCGUGCCCCAGCCGCCGCCCCUCCUGCAGCAGCAGCAGCGAGAAGGUCCCGAAGGCUGUAACCUGUUUAUCUACCACCUCCCCCAGGAGUUUGGAGACAUGGAGCUGACGCAGAUGUUCCUGCCCUUCGGCAGUAUCAUCUCCUCCAAGGUGUUCAUGGAUCGGGCCACCAACCAGAGCAAGUGUUUCGGCUUCGUGAGCUUUGACAACCCUGCCAGCGCCCAGACCGCCAUCCAGGCCAUGAACGGCUUCCAGAUCGGCACCAAGAGGCUCAAGGUGCAGCUGAAGCGGCCCAAAGACCCCGGACACCCCUACUGACCGUGCCCACAGCCGCCCCGAGGCUGCGGGCCUGGCCCAGGUGAGCCGCCAGGCGGCCCCGUGCCCCGCCCCAGCCCCGUGUCGUCCACACCCUCCUCCCCUCGCUUACUCUCCAAACCCUCCCCCGGGGGAUGCUGCAGGAGGCGACAAGAAGCCCCCAGGCCGGGUUGGCAGGGACAGAGUUGGACAAAGACGCCCCGAUAACCCUGUGGCCAGGGCUGGACCAGAGGGCGGGAUCAGGGUGGGGAGGGGGGUCCACUGAGGCUGGCUGGGGAGGGGCUUCGGGAGGAGGUUCUGAAGGAUGAAGAGAAGUUCACACGGGAAGCCAGCCUUGGCCUGUGAGGCAUGGUGGGGAGGCUUCUGCCCCGUCCUGUGGGUCUGUUCCCUGCGGGAAAGCCCUAACCCAGAGGAAGAAGGUUCAACGCACACCCCAGACCCUGGCCCUGAGGUGGGGACCUCAAUAUCCAGCGUGGAACUGGGGCUGGAGCAGAGGAGGUGGGGACAGCACCCGAGGCCCCUGCUCCCCCUCCCCGCCAGCUCGACAGGCCCCAGCUUCCCUUGUGUAACACGUACCCAGGGGGCUGAUGAGAAGGUGGAGCGGAUGUCCCGCCAACCACUGUGCAGAAAACCCCAAACAAAACCCCAAGCAUGUUUUGCAUCAGAACAAACACACUUAUUGGCAGUUUCUCUGGCAACGGAAUAGUAAGCUAAGGGGUCUCUGUGGAAACAGGAAGCUGGUCCCAAAUCUGGACCAGUUUCAUCUGCGCAGUGGGCUCCCAAGGAAGGAUCCGCCCAGGGACCUGCUGGGUCUUUUUGCAGCCGAGCCCAGAACCCACCACCUAAAAAGCUCUGGAUGAUUUGUUUUGAUUCUUUUUUUUAAAUCACCCUGGCCAUCAUCAUCAGAGAACCUCUCUGGGGUCUGGCACGAAGUAGGUGCUCAGCUAGAGCCUGUUAGUGUGUCUUAGAAUCCGUGGGGCACAGGGGCAGAUUGGAGGGGACCCUACCUGCACGGUCAGGCACUGCGGGAAAGUGCCUUUGGGGACCACCAACCGGAAGCCACAGCAGAGACCACACUGCCGUCCACUCACUAUGCGCUCUCAGCUGGCAACCCUCACUGAGCCUACUGUGUGCUCGGCUGUCACCAGCGUCUGGGUACUCAACUGCCAAUGAGCGAGAACACGGGAGGCGCAGGGGGAGAAACUGGCUUCUGGACUUUUAAAUGGCUGGGAGCCGGAAGGGGUCAGAAAAGAAGCGCCCUUGUCCCAUUUGUCCCCAGAACCAGGGGCUGUGCUCUCUGGACAAGAUGGACCUUGGGUUUCCAGCCCCCACCUGGCCGGGGCGAGGCAGAGGCGGCGUCCUAGGCAGGUGCCCCAGGACUGCUCCUUGACCCCCGCCCCCAGGCGAGGGGCCUCCCCCCAGGAGGCUUCCCCUCCCACCGGGACUUUCCCAUAAGUCACAACCGUGUCUGGACACCAGCCCGCCCCUCCCCUUCUCCCUUGCCCAUCCCCAAAAUGUGAACCCUUCUGAGGCCACAGUGAGAGGCCUUCUGGUCUGUCCUGGGCUCACCCGCUGCCCCCGACUUUAGGACCUUCCUUGCCUGUCGGACCCCCUGGGUGGCUUCCCAGAAGGAAAUCACAGCUUUUCCUAUAUAUAUACAUAUAUAUAUGCGUAUAUACAGAGAGCUAUAGACAGUAUAUAUAUAUAUUUUUGAGUAUUGAUCAUGGGGCCAAACUUUUCCGACUUCCUUCCAUCUAAGAGGUGACCCUGAGCCGGUCACUCCGCAGGGAUGGAGGAGGGGUCGAGGCUGGCCGGGCGGCCAGGUGCCCGUCCACCCACAGCUGGAACAUCAGGCCAGGAAUGCGCCAACAGAAAUACCUCUGGGACUUUGGGCCCCCGCCACCCCUGAUUCUCGCGGGCCUCUGACCCGGCCAGCUGGAGCGUCCCUGACCGGGCGGCUGCUCUCAGGAGCCCCCGCCAGGGCCUGCCUUCCUGUGGCACACGGAGCCCCUCUGGCCCCACGCCCUUCUCUGCCCCACCCCUCAGUCAUAGCCUUACUGUGUGACCAGUAGCCCUUAGCUUUCCGCCGGGGCAGCCAGGGCUGGGGGAGGCCCUGUCCCUCACUGCCCGCUCCGGGCAGGCAGCCAUCGUCCCUGCCUUUGAAUCACCAGCCUCGAAUUUAAGGUCUUGUAACCACGAUCGCCAAGCGUGUCGGACGCGCCCAACCCGACUGACUGCCCAAGCACCCCUUUAUGGAAGACCGUGACCUUGAUAGUGACCUUCAUACCUCGACAGAUUCUUUCUUUCUUUCUUUCUUUCAGUCUUUUUGAGCAGGUACAAAGAAAAGAAAAAAUGGGGGGAAAUCAGCGAUAACAGGUGUUUGUUUCUAGCUGGGGGGUCUGGGGGCGCCUCCUGUACAGCCACCGGCCGCCGCGCCCCCUCCAAGCACAGAGGCAUGUCCGUCUGGACGUCCAGCCGGGCCUCUUGCCAGAUGAGGCUCCGGAUGACUUAAGCUCAAAAACAAAAGGAAUUUCUAAGAGGAGAAAGAGACACAGCAUUCCCUUCUGUUUCUACCAAAACGUGUUGACUGACCUGGGGGGGAAACCACAGCAAAAACAGAAAAGACAAAAAAAAUACAAAAAACAAAACAAAACAAAAAAAAAAGGAAAAGAAAAGAAAAAACUCCUGGCAAACUCGUUUCGGUGUUCCAGAGUUUGGUGAUUGUCCCGAGACACUCCUGUGCGUGCCUGUGUCCCGUCCCCGCCUGCGCCCGCGAGUGCUGCGCAGCCUCGCGGGGCCCGGCACCCGCCCCGCGGGCCUGCGGGAGUGCGCGCGGCGCCGGGAGGUGUCGAUAGUCCAUGUUUACUGGCUGUAAAUACCAUUUUUAUACUCCACAUCGAGACCUGCGUGAUUUGUACGAUGUACUUUAUUUCUGCUACGAGUACUUUCAUGAAGUUUCAACCUCGACCGACUUUCUCACACGCACACGCGUGCACACGCACACACACACACACACACACACACGAGGGCAGGGCGAGGACUCGGAAUCUUGGGUUGACGUGGUUUGGCUUUCGUGUCAGCAGAUUUCCUGUGCCUGGAGAGGUCCUUGUCACUUUUGAGGUGUUCAGGUGAGAAGCGACAAGCGUCUCCACGUCCAAACGCCGCUCUUUGGUCUGAGAAAAACUAAAAGUUUAUUUAA